AUGUCGUUGGUGGGCAAGCUUUGGGUUUGUGCAAUGGUGGAAAGUGUUGGUGGGAAGUGGUUCUUCUUAAUUUUCAUGGAAAGGAGGCAUUUUUCCACUACUGUAGUUAGUGGUGUGGAUAAUGCAAGAGCGGCAUUUGCUUUGGUUGAUCGGAAAGUUGUUGGGAGGCAAAGAAAGGGGGCGAAAAUGUGGCUCACUUUUGCGAUUAAAGUUCGUCGUAAAGAAAAGGGCAAGCUUGUGCAUUUCGUUGCUUACUUGCUCAUCGCCAUUAAAGCUCACUUGCUCAAGGAAGCUUGUUGUAAAGGAAAAUGUUUCUCUCGUGCUUGUGGCAAAAAGGGGGACAACGAACUUGCACUCGUGGCAAAAAGGGAGAAAAUGAAAUGGGUUGGUGGUGGUGGUAGUGGUGGUGGUAGUUCUUGUGGUAGUAAUGGUCAUGGUGGUGGUGGUGUUGGUUAUGGUGGGGACUUGAUGGUGGUGGUGGACAUGGUGACAGUGGUGGUGGUAGGUGGUGGUGGGUGGUGGUGCAUGGGACGUGUUGGUGGUGGUAGUUGUAGUGUCAGUGGUUGUCGUGAUAGUGGCGGUGGAAAUGAUGGUGGGCGUGGUGGUGGUUGUGGUAGUGACCAUGGUGUUGGCAGUGGCGGUGAUAGUCAUGGUCCUGAGGGUAGUGGUGGUAGUAACUGUGGUAAUGGUAGUAGUAGUGACUGUAGUAGUGGUGUUGGUGACCGUGCCAGAGGUGACGAUUUUGGUGGUGGUGGUGACGAUUGUGGGGGUGGUGAGUUUUGGCCGUGGUCAUGA